AUGGACGCUGAAGAAGUUUUCGCAUGCUCUCUAAGAGAGUCGUACUGUGAUACGACCGAUUACACAUUUGUUAAACCACCACUAUUAUCUCACACUCCAGAUUUGGACGAAGAGGAUUCCACCUCUUUCUCUCAAUUCUACGACAAUUUGGACUCAGACCUAAACAAUUCACACCUGAUACAUACCCCAUUGUUAUAUUCGGUGGAUCCGUCCACUAGCUUCCUAGACGACGAAAUGUUCUCUCUAGAUCAGGAUACCGCUACGUCUACUUUGUCAAAGCCAAGAUCAGAAAAUCAAAAGGCAAUUGUGAUACAGGAUUCGAUAGGUACAGAUACAGGAUUCUCUACUGUGCCUCAAGACAACUACAGGAUAUGGCUAGAAAAAUUCUAA